CCCGCCUCCUCCCAAGAUGGCGGAGGGAGGCCCUGAGGGGAAGGAGGACUCCGGGUCUGGCCCGGCCGCGCCGCUGCCGUCUGCUGGGUCCGAGGAGGAGGAGCGUUUUGUCGGCGGAGCGGGCGCUGAGGCCGCGGGUGUUGUGUCAGCUCCCGACUCUGGAGAGAAGGAAGGGGACCCUGAGCAAUGCCUAAAGCUGCCUGAUGCCGCUGUUAGCAAGAGCGUUCAUUCCCCGGACACAACCGGAGCAGUGAGGAGGAGAAGCUCCCUCCGGCAUCCCAGCGUCAGGAAUAGCCCCCUCAGUCCAAACCUAUGGAGCCGGUCCAGCCUGAAGACCAAAGACAGGAAAUCCCUGCCCCCUGUUCACCAGGAUGUCACAGAAUUAAGCAAAGCAAUCAGCCUGGAUCUGCCAGAGGAGGACCGCCUGUCCGAGCUGCUCUUCUCCAGUUUCCAGUUUGCAGCCCAGAAGCUUGAGCGAAGCUUGAAGCACAAGGAUGGCUUUAACCUGGAGGCUUUCAGAGCCAAUGCUCAGUCAGCUGGGGAAGACCUGAAGCGUUUGCUGCAGCAGCUGAAACAAGAUGGAACACUGCAGAGAUGUGUCCAGGAACCAGAAGGGGUGUCACAGGACUUGGCCGUGGAGGAGUCAGUGGCCGAAAUGAAGGAGCACAUGGCCAGGUUAACUGCUGAGUCCUAUGCCUGGGAUGAGCUCCUGUUUCGCCACCAGGAGAGCGCCGAGGAAGCAGCCAGGCGGCUGGAGGAGCACCGGGAUAACAGCGUGCCGGUGGAUUACCUCCACACCUCUCAGGCCGAGGUCCUCCGCAGCAAACCCAACUACCAGCAGAUCCUGGCCGAGCAGAGGGAGGUGCUGGCCUCCAUGGAGCUGGUGUUCGAUGAGCUGCAGCAAACGGGGCGGCUCUUGCAGACCUUCUCCGAGGAGAGCGAGCAGUACCUGCAGGGCCUGUCCAAGCAGCUCGCUGCAAGGACCUUCAGGCACCUGGAGCAGUCCCCCGUGCGCAAGCUGAUCGCGGGCCCGCCGCGGAGGCAGCGCCAGCCGCUGGACUGAGCGGUGCUGGCUGUUAAUAAAGGCUUCCGCGUUUGAA